AUAUACACAAACACAGCUGCCCCAAAUCGUCUAUACCAGCUGCCAGCCAAAGAUAAAACAUUUACAAUCUGAAUCCCUAAUUUCUGAGAAGAAAAAACUUAUACUACUACAACUAGUAGUAGAGAUCUGAUCUGAUUUGAUCCGAUCCGAUCUACACCGAGUUGACCGGUGACCUGUACCUGCAUCGGCUGAAGAGAGAGAGAGAGAGAGAUGCCGGUGGCUGCAUCCGCUAUCUACUUUCUAAAUCUUCGCGGCGAUGUUCUCAUCAAUCGCCUUUAUCGCGAUGACGUCGGGGGAAACAUGGUUGAUGCCUUUAGAUUGCACAUAAUGCAAACAAAGGAACUGGGUACAUGUCCUGUGCGUCAAAUUGGUGGUUGCUCUUUCUUCUAUAUGAGAAUCAGCAAUGUCUACAUUGUGAUUGUUGUCAGCAGCAAUGCUAAUGUAGCAUGUGCCUUCAAGUUCGUCGUUGAGGCGGUUAAUUUAUUUAAAUCAUACUUUGGUGGUGCUUUUGACGAGGAUGCCAUUCGAAAUAACUUUGUUUUGAUAUAUGAGUUAUUGGACGAAAUUAUGGAUUUCGGUUAUCCCCAAAAUCUUUCACCAGAAAUUUUAAAGCUUUACAUCACUCAAGAAGGUGUACGCUCACCAUUCUCAUCCAAGCCUACAGAUAGACCUGUCCCGAAUGCUACUUUACAAGUAACUGGUGCGGUCGGCUGGCGUAGGGAAGGUCUUGUUUACAAAAAGAAUGAAGUGUUUUUGGAUAUUGUGGAAAGUGUUAAUCUUCUUAUGUCUUCAAAAGGCAGUGUACUACGUUGUGAUGUAACGGGGAAGAUUCUUAUGAAGUGCUUCCUUUCUGGAAUGCCUGAUUUGAAGCUGGGAUUAAAUGACAAAAUUGGACUUGAGAAAGAGUCUGAAAUUAAAUCACGCCCUACUAAAAGUGGGAAAACUAUUGAGCUUGAUGAUGUCACUUUCCAUCAGUGUGUGAACUUGACCAGAUUUAACUCAGAAAAAACCGUCAGUUUUGUGCCACCAGAUGGUGAAUUCGAGCUAAUGAAAUAUCGUAUUACUGAGGGGGUCAAUCUUCCAUUUCGGGUAUUACCUACCAUUAAGGAAUUGGGCAGGACGCGGAUGGAAGUUAAUGUCAAGGUAAAGAGCGUUUUUGGUGCAAAAAUGUUUGCACUUGGAGUUUUGGUUAAGAUUCCGGUACCUAAACAAACAGCAAAAACAAGUCUUCAAGUGACUUCGGGGAAAGCGAAAUACAAUGCUUCUUUGGACUGUAUAAUGUGGAAGAUCCGAAAAUUUCCAGGGCAAACUGAAUCGACAUUGAGUGCAGAAGUGGAGUUGAUAUCAACGAUUGCGGAAAAGAAGUCAUGGACUAGGCCACCAAUACAGAUGGAGUUCCAGGUUCCUAUGUUUACAGCAUCUGGACUAAGAGUCAGGUUUCUGAAGGUUUGGGAGAAGAGUGGCUACAACACCGUUGAGUGGGUGAGGUAUAUCACCAAAGCAGGUUCAUAUGAGAUCAGAUGCUAAUAUCAAAUGGCUUUGUAGAGACUUUCUUGAUGACAUUGUGAUCCCAUGGCAUCACAAGUUCUUGUAGUUGUGUGCUAUAUCAACGUUUAUAGAAACAAUUGGAUUGUAAAUUUUUUCUCUUUCGUGUUUCAAAGGUUCGUUCUUGAGCAGAACUCAUGAUAUGCUGGAUGAUCUGGAAUGGUUAUUUGAGAAAACUUGCAGAAUGAGAAAAUAUUCCUAUUAAAUGAAUCAAUCAAAUGUAUCAAGGAUAAUUUACCAUUAGUUUAAGUUCUUCAAUGAUUUAUUCA